CCAUAAUGUAAUAGUGCAGCUCCCACACGGCUUCCCAUCAGAUCAGCCCUCUGUCAGUCACAUGGUGCUCUGUUGUUUCUGUUUUUUCACACAGGAUAGAGGACGGCAAACUGCACGCUAAAGGAAGAUCACUCCAAGAUUUAUCUCCGUACACUGAAAAAUAACCGUUGCAUCUUUUCUGACUCUGGAAACGGGCUUUUAGCGCAUGUUCGCGUUGUUUUGCAGCGCUAUGAAGUGAAACUCCGCCAUAUUCAACGCACCACGCCCGGAGAACAGCCUCUGCUUCUUAAGUUGUUUGCACAAACUUUACUUCCUCAUCACAAGAGAGAAACAAGGUGCAAUUUUCCCCCGGUAGAGAUGACUCUGAGCUCCGUGGGGGCCUGCUGCCUCAGCCCGGAGGCCAAAGAGGCGAGGCGGAUCAACGACGAGAUCGAGAGGCAGCUGCGCCGGGACGAGAGGGACUCCAGGCGGGAGUACAAGCUGCUGCUGCUCGGGACUGGUGAGAGUGGGAAGAGCACCUUCAUAAAGCAGAUGAGGAUCAUCCACGGCCGGGGCUACAGUGAUGAAGACAAGAGAGGGUUCUCCAGGCUGGUUCACCAGAACAUCUUCACUGCCAUGCAGGCCAUGGUCCAGGCUAUGGAGGCCCUGCAGAUCCCCUACACACACACAUGCAACCAGGCGAACGCCACUCUGGUGUGCGGGGUGGAUGUGGAGCGAGUCACGACUCUUCCUCAGCCGUACGCCGACGCCAUCAAGAGUCUGUGGAGCGACGCGGGGAUUCAGGAGUGCUACCUUCGCAAGAGGGAGUACCAGCUCUCUGACUCCGCCAGAUACUAUCUGGAUGAAAUGGACCGGAUCAGCGACGCCUCUUAUCUGCCGACUCAGCAGGAUGUUCUGAGGGUCCGGGUGCCGACCACCGGGAUCAUCGAGUACCCCUUCGACCUGGAGGACGUGGUGUUCAGGAUGGUGGAUGUGGGGGGGCAGCGGUCGGAGAGGAGGAAGUGGAUUCACUGUUUUGAGGAAGUGACGUCCAUCAUCUUCCUGGUGGCGCUCAGCGAGUACGACCAGGUGCUGGUGGAGUCUGUCAACGAGAACCGCAUGGAGGAGAGCAUGGCGUUGUUCCGCACCAUCAUCAACUACAAGUGGUUCCACCGCUCCUCCGUCAUGCUGUUCCUCAACAAGAUCGACCUGCUGGAGGACAAGAUCAUGUACUCUCACCUGGUCGACUACUUCCCCGAGUACGACGGUCCUCAGCGGGAUGUGAAAGCGGGGAAAGAAUUCAUCUUAAAUAUGUUUGUCAGUCUCAAUCCGAACGAGAAGAAAGUCAUCUACUCCCACUGCACCUGCGCCACAGACACAAACAACAUUCGAUUUGUCUUCAGAGCGGUGAAGGACUACAUCUUGCAAAUCAACCUGGAAGUCUACAACCUGGUGUAAACGCUAUAAUUCAAUCUGCUUUCGUACAGCCUGCUGCGAGCUCUGCAAACUCCUGCUGCUGCCGAACACUAUAAUCCACAACAGGAAAACUGAGAAGCCGCCGAGCACGUCGCCAAAUGACUGUACUACUGAUGUAUUUCAAAUGUCUCCUGUUAGGCUCUUUCAGAAUGGAUGUCUGCAGCUAUAAUGAAGUGUGUCCUGACAAUUAAAGUGCUGCCUUAGUGAGCAGUCUAUUAUAGUGUGCACUCUGAAAUAUAUGGAGCUCUUUGAGAAGCAACAGUAUGAAAGCACAGGGAUUGAGAGGAGAAAAAAGUAUUUCCAUGGCCUCAAAAAGCCUCCGAGGACUUGAGAUGUACCGGGUCUCUGCUUCAGGGAACACGUGGAAGAGACUCUGCAAUGCAGCACCUCUCACCACUAACCCCAGUGUAUUUCUUUUUAACUUAAAAACUGUUUUAAAUACUCUAAACGUUUAGAUGUGUCGAGACCUAAUGGGUAAUAAUUAACACUAAUGUACGGUGGCCGAGAGGUGCGAACACGCUACAACGGCACAACAUAUUUACAUUAGAAGUAACACGCUAAGGCUUUAGAAACAAUGCAAGUAAAAAAUACACAUGCGCAGCGUUUACUAAAAUGUGCAAAUACGAAACGCCGCAAGAAGCUCAAAACACAACGGAGACCAGGGGACACUAAAAAUGUCCGGAUUAUAACGCUGAACAACUGUCUCUGUUGUUGGAAACGUACCUAAAAUCUUUUAUGGUCUUAUUUUAACACUGUGAUCACAUGACUCCUUCUGAUGUUACGUAGCUAACCUGGUCAUUUCAGACAGUGGUUCAGCUUUAUAAUCCUGAAUGUCACCAAGCUGUCCCAGCUGUGUGCGUCACUUUUUAGUGUCCCCUGGUCUCCCAGCUGUGUGCGUCACUCUUUAGUGUCCCCUGGUCUCCCAGCUGUGUGCGUCACUCUUUAGUGUCCCCUGGUCUCUCAGCUGUGUGCGUCACUCUUUAGUGUCCCCUGGUCUCCCAGCUGUGUGCGUCACUCUUUAGUGUCCCCUGGUCUCCCAGCUGUGUUUUGAGCUUCUUGCAGCGUUUUGUAUUUGCAGCGUUUGGUUUGUGCAUCUUUUAGUAAACGCUGCCCAUGUUUCCACAAGUUGCUGAAGAUGUUUCUUCAUGUGUUUUGGCACAUUUGUGUUUUUGUUUCUGAAGCUGCAGCAGGUUUUAACCUGUAGGCCACCAUACCAAUGACACACGUUAUUGCAUUGCUAUUUGUUCUGAUAUUAUGUUUAUGUGUACUUCACUUUGUUGGGUCUCUUCGUUUCCAAUGAUGGCAUUAAUCAAUCUUAAACCACUUUUUAGAGCAGCUUAGUAUUAACAUAUUUAAAUGUGAUUUAACACACAAGUUUUUAUUUUGUUCAAGCUUGAGAAUCCAGUGUUUCAGGUACUAAUCAAUUGUUUUUCUUGCCACAGAAUCAUCACUUAAAUGAACUUGCCCUAGUAUUUAUCUGUAUGCAUUUUGUAAAUAUCACACGGUACAUUAAUGGUGCACAUUUUCACCUUUACUCGCAUCAAGGUCAGUGUUAAAAUGCUGAAAGAGAGAACUGUUAUGUUCAAUACUAUCUGAUGCAUUAAUCUUUUGGUUUUCAAAGGUACCAAAUGCAUGAACAAAAAGCGAAUAAGAGAGUUUCCACUGCACUAAAGUUUACAUAACUCUUCAGUUAGAAAUAAUAACUGCUUAAUUUGGUAUCAUUUCAGGUUUUUCUGUCGCUUAUCGCAUUCUUAGUGCAUGUAUUUGAUGCGAUUGGAUAAAUAAACACACAUUUGCUGCUCA